AUUUUUCCGACCGAGAAAAAAUGCGGGAGCUCCAGCAAAAUUAUUAUUGCAAGUUACAGUUGCAAAGCUUCGAUUCGUUCGUGCAAAACUUAGCAGUCGCAAACCGAGAAUCGACUAUUCCAGCUCAACGAAACAUCCGACAACGCACCACAGAGGCCAAUUGACCUCGAAAAACACCGUCAAAAUGUCGAGAGGAGCGCCGCGCGGACGAGGCGGCUUCGGCGGAGGGAACCGCGGGUUCAGAGGUGGUGGCCGCGGCGGCUUCGGCCAGCGAGACAUGGGACCACCCGACACGAUCCUCGAAAUGGGGAGCUUCAUGCACGCGUGCGAGGGCGAGAUGGUAUGUGAGAGCAUCAACCCGAAGGUACCGCACUUCAACGCGCAGAUCUUCCUCGAGAACAAGACGGCCGUCGGAAAGGUCGACGAGGUCCUCGGCCCCAUCAACCAGGUCUACUUCACCAUCAAGCCCUCCGAGGGAAUCCAGGCCACCUCCUUCAAGCCCGGCGACAAGUUCUUCAUCGGCAGCGAGAAGCUACUUCCCCUUGAGAAGUUCCUCCCGAGACCUAAGCCCCCUGCAGGUGCGCCCAAGGUCAAGAAGCCGAGUCGUGGCGGUGGUGGGUUUAGUCGGGGUGGUAGAGGUGGUCCGAUGCGAGGAGGUCGCGGAGGUGGUGGUUUCAGCCGAGGUGGCCCGUCGAGAGGAGGCAGGGGUUCGUUCGGUGGUGGGUUCGGAGGUAGGGGAGGUGGACGCGGAGGCAGCGGUGGAUUCAGCAGAGGUGGUGGCGGUGGUGACAGAGGAGGUCGGGGACGUGGUGGAUUCAGCAGGGGCGGCGGUCGCUACUAAGCUGGGCAGGAUAUACCAGACCCAACCCGUUUUGCUUUCCCCUCCACGCCCUCUACGACAUUCCGGCGGUUUCAUCCUCGCGUCGUCGUUAUCCUCUUGAUGUUCAUACGGUACGGGAACGGCGUUAUUUGAGGAUAUCUGAAUUCGAGUCUUUUUUUCCAUGAUAAAAAAUGAGAUGGAUCUUGCGUCAAAGUGAAAAAUUCAAGCAUUGCUGCUUCGAGUAGAUGAAUGAUGGCUGCUAGAUGUAAAUAUACUGUGAUUAUGGUAGAAUGUUGAGAAGAUUAAGAUGCUUAUAUUUGGUCUUCAAGUUGUGAUUUUUAUGUGCUCGGUCUCUGUUGAGUUUCGAACUUGACGUUUCAAUGUCAAGGACCCUUAGCUCAACGAGAGAUCACAGGUAGCUAUGGCUUAGCAUAUUCGUAGCUGAGAGGGUUUCAUAAGCAUAUCCAUUAUCAAUUCA